AUUCAAAAAAGCAAUAAACAUUUCUUCAAAUACUUCUCCUUCUUUUCAAUUUCUAACAUGGUAUCAAAGCAGUAAACUCCUGGUUUUUCUUUUAUCACUACUUGGUUACUGAGUCGGAUUCUCAAAUCUAUUAUAAAUUUGAAACUUUGCCGUUGAGUUCUCUUCUCCUACAGUUUGGAUUGUUUAUUCUCAAUUCUAAUGCCUUUUCUAAGGUGUCAUCUUUUAGAUAACCUCUACUUUUUACUAACCCUUCUAUUGAGCUUUUUCCUAGUGACUUUGAUGCAGAUACAUUUGAUGAGCUCUAUGAUGCCUUUCCACAUGCUCCACCUAGUUCUAUAAAAGAUGUUAUGCCUGUUGGUAAUACAUUAGACAAUGUUGAGUCUUCUUCCCUUACCUUUUCUGUAUCACCUGUUGGAUCUAACCCUGUUGAUAUUGAACUUGAAAAUGAGACUCUUAAUCCACCUUCAAGUCAUCCUACUUAGGUAAGAAAUCCUUCUAGCUAUCUUUGUGAUUAUCAUUGUUUUCCUGCUAUUACCUCCUUACAUGAGCCUUAAUCCUACCAAGAGGCCUAUUAUAACCCUCUUUGGUGGCAAGCUAUGCAAGAUGAAUUACAAGCUCUUGAUAAAACUUGUACAUGGGAUGUAGUUGAUCUUCUUGUUGGAAAUCCUCUAGUAAGUUGUAAAUGGGUGUACAAGAUUAAAACUCGAUCUGAUGGUUUUGUGGAGCGUUACAAGGCUCAUUUAGUUGCUAAAGGAUUUACUCAGGAAUAUGGGAUUGAUUAUGAGGAAACCUUUGCACUUGUUGCUCGUCCUACUUCAGUUCGUAGUUUGAUUACUAUUGUUGUUGCUAAAAGAGGGAAAUUGUUUCAGAUGGAUGUGAAAAAUGCCUUUCUAAAUGGUGACUUGUAGAGGAAGUUUACAUGAAACCACCUCUUGGACUUGAGCAUCCUCCAAACAAAGUUUGUCGAUUGAAGCAAGCUCUAUAUAGUUUGAAACAGGCACUUUGAGCCUGGUUUGCCAAGUUUAGUACCACCAUUAGUGAAUUUGGUUUUACUUCUAGUCCUCAUGAUACUGCGCUGUUCAUGCGUAAGACUAAUCAUGGUAUGGUUCUCCUACUUCUUUAUGUUGAUGAUAUGAUCAUUACUGGGGAUGAUAUUUCAAGUAUUCAUGAUCUUAAGCAACUUCUCAGUCAUAAGUUUGAAAUGAAAGAUCUUGGUGUUU